GUUGCGCGCUGCGCUGCUAACCGUAAACCCGGCGUGUGUGUUGACGCGGGCGGUGCUAUCUUGCCGGGGCCCCUUCGCAAUGUGAAAAAGAGUACGUCACUCAAAUCGGGACUCCCGGGGCAGAAACAACACCGCGCUGGUUCCAGGCUGUCGCAGAAGAGAGGGCGACAACGAAGGCGGACCCAGAUGAAGCGAUAACGCACACCGGACAAACCCCAAGCACUCUUCGUUUCUUGCUGCGCUCGAGAGCAGUGCGAGCUUGUCGCCACAGUCCAUCCCGACGAACGUUCCACGACGACCCUUAACCGCAAAGGAAAAAAUAUGGGCCUAAAACUUCAAACUGCGGAUCUCAAAGUCGUGAUUCUGGGUGACGCGAAUGUUGGCAAAACGUCGCUGCUCGUACGUUACCUCGAAAAACGUUUCGAUGACAGGCCCAAAUCCACGGUUGGAGCCUCGUUCACGCUAAAGAUGUGGGGGAAAUACAACAUUGCGAUUUGGGACACGGCUGGACAAGAACGCUAUAUUGGACUGAGCUCUUUCUACUGCAGGAACGCAGAUGUUGCCAUUAUGGCGUUUGACAUUACAAAUCGGGAGAGCUACAAAGCACUGAUGACUAGGUACGUUGAGCUUCUUCACAUGGUUGAUGACUUUGCUCUGAAAGUGGUUGUUGGGACGAAAACCGAUCUUCUGAAGGACUACAAAAGACAGGUCUCCAGUGCAGAGGCCGAAAUGUUUGCCAGGAAUCUUAACCACACAGCUGCCAAGGACAAAGCGCCCUACUUCGAGACGUCUAGCGCGACUGGUAACAACAUUGAGACAGUGUUCGAGUACAUUGUCGAACGCUGUUACCCAGGCAGCCCACUGCUCUCCUGCUGCCUUCGACAAACGCACGAACAAGAGCACAAGUCGGUCGCACUGACUCCCAGGGUGCUGAGAUUCGCCAAGACUACUGCAGGCUGUUGCUUGUAAGCAUUAUCAUACUUCGACCAAGGACUGCUCCUCGACUUUUAUCUGGUCUGUACGUCACACUGACGCAAUCGUCGAAAUGCAUUUAUGUACUCGGUUCGCAGGUGUUAGACUUGCCUCACCGUUCAUUUCCUCUUUUUUAAUGACCAGAGUGAAUCUCUUUUAAUGACGUUCUCAAAUGAUAAUUGCAUGUCAUGUGAGCAUUGUGAUAAUGCAGAUAUAUAUUUUUUCUGACAAUCGUCACAAUGUGACGCGAUAAUCUUGUGCAGAGACGUCAAAUGUUGUGCGACAUGCUGGUGUGCAUAGAGUGAGAGCAAUGUAUUAUAGAUUCACAUUAUUUUAAGGAAUGCCAUGUUUUGUAAAUAUUGAACCAUACCGACGUCAAUGCAUGGUACGGACAGAGCAAUUCGUGUCGCUGACAAUGUGAAAAAUCACAACUGUGCUAUCAAUAAACGAGUAUGGUUGCAC